GUGCCAGGGUCUGCACAGGAAGAUGGCAGAGGUUGGGUCCAAGUCGGUGUUGUUCGUGUGUCUCGGUAACAUUUGCCGGUCACCCAUUGCAGAAGCAGUUUUCAGGAAACUGGUAACUGAUGAGAAUGUGUCAGGUAAUUGGAGGAUAGGCAGUGCGGCUACAUCCACCUAUGACGUGGGGAACACCCCCGACUAUCGUGGGCAGAACUGCAUGAGAAAACAUGGCAUCCCCAUGAAUCACACUGCACGGCAGAUUACAAGAGAAGACUUUGCCACAUUCGAUUAUAUACUAUGUAUGGAUGAAAGCAAUCUAAGAGAUUUGAAUAGAAAAAGUAAUCAAGUUAAAAACUGCAAAGCUAAAAGUGAGCUACUUGGGAGCUAUGAUCCACAGAAACAACUCAUUAUUGAAGAUCCCUAUUAUGGCAAUGACUCUGACUUCGAAGUGGUGUACCAGCAAAGCCUCAGGUGCUGCAAGGCUUUCCUGGAGAAGACUCACUAGGUGGUCCUGCCCACCACCAUUGAGCAGCUCACUCACCAGAGCCAUGCCCAAGGGUGGUGCC